UGAUCCAUGUUGGGCACGUACUAAACGGUCUCUCUGGCGGGGUUUGCUGUGCGGCGGGCCCUCUGUUGUCCAAUGUCUGGUUUCCCGUGUCACAGAGAACCACCGUCACUGCCGCCGUGACAGUGUUCACAUUACUUGGAGGUGCCUUGUCAUUCAUUAUAGCUCCUUUGGCCGUUCGAAAACCGACGUGUGUGGAAAACUGUAGCAGUUUCGUCGAAGAGUCCAACAUAACAUAUGAUAUAUCUGUAGAAGAGGUAUCUUGGGACAUUCACAGACUUAUGUUCAUUGAGGCAGGCGUCUGUGUGGCCGUAUUUGUCAGCAUGCUGCUGUAUUUUCCCGCCAAACCUCCAACGCCUCCCAGUGUAUCCGCAUCCAAGAAGAGAGUGGACUACCGGAGAGGCGUUUUUACCUUGCUACGAAAAUACCAAGUGUUUGCCAUCGGCGUCCCAUACGCAUUAACGGGGGUGUAUGGGUCCUGGAUGUCGUUACUAGGCGUUAUUCUUCAAGACAAAGUGUCACAGGAUGAGGCAGCGUAUUUAGGUUUCUGGAGUUCAAUUGCUGGAAUUUUGGUAGCAGUUCUUUUUGCAAGGAUCUCUGAUUUAUUUGCUGGUCACUUAAAGGCCGCAGUUCUCAUACUGCUAUUUGUGUCUGCCGGGUCGUACACUUGGUUUGCUGCUUUGAUAGAAACGUUUGUUUUGCCACCUGUUCCUGGAUGGAUUGCGAUGACCUACAUCUCUAUCAUCCUGGGAGGCAUUUGUGAGAUAGCACUUCAGCCGUUUGGGCUGGAGCUGGCGUGUGAGGCGAGUUAUCCCGUGGCCGAAGGGGUCACUGCUGGAUUACUGACCGCGCUGUACAACGGGGUGGCGGUCAUCUUCUUCUUCUCGUUUAUGAUACCUCAAGUUGAUAUCCAGUACAUGAACUGGGUCCUGGUAGCAGCAGUUGUUGUCAGUAUACCUCUCACCAUCAGCUAUAGGGAGAGUUACCGGAGACUUAGCUUAGACAGCCGCUGAUGGAGCCACAUCUCUCCGUCUUUCUGUCGGCAACUUACCCUCUGAUAUAGGGUCUUCGGCUAUCUUGAAUGAAUGGAUUGAAAAUAAACAAACCUG